GGUCCUUCCCGGAAGCGCGCCGGGCUCCAGCCGGGCCUGGCAGUGCGCGGGCUGCGAUCUGCAUUUGCAGGACUGAGAAUGCUGUGGUGCUCUUUCCAUGAGCUGGUCACCAAGUCUGUCUACUGCAGCCCUUCUUGAUCCUCUGGCUGUGUGGAGGCUCCACUGUGCUCCUCACCAAGAUGAAGUGUGUGUUGGUGGCCACUGAGGGUGCAGAGGUCCUCUUCUAUUGGACAGACAAGGAGUUCGAAGAGAGCCUCCGGCUGAAGUUUGGGCAGUCAGAAAAUGAGGAGGAAGAGCUCCCCGCGCUGGAGGACCAGCUCAGCACCCUCCUUGCCCCAGUCGUCAUCUCUUCCAUGACCAUGCUGGAGAAGCUCUCAGACACAUACACUUGCUUCUCAACAGAAAAUGACAGCCACCUCUAUGUCCUUCAUCUGUUUGGAGAGUGCCUGUUCAUUGCCAUCAAUGGAGACCACACAGAGAGUGAGGGGGACCUGCGCCGGAAGCUGUGCGUGCUCAAGUACCUGUUCGAGGUGCACUUCGGCCUGGUGACCGUGGAUAGCCAGCUCAUCCGAAAGGAGCUGCGGCCCCCAGACCUGGAGCAGCGUGUCCGGGUGUGGGAGCACUUCCAGAGCCUGCUGUGGACCUACAGCCGCCUACGUGAGCAGGAGCAGUGUUUCGCUGUGGAGGCUCUGGAACGGCUGAUUCACCCCCAGCUCUCUGAGCUAUGCAUUGAGGCGCUGGAGCGGCACGUCGUCCAGGCUAUCAAUGGCAGCCCCGAGCGGGGUGGCGAGGAGGCUUUGCACGCCUUCCUGCUUGUGCACUCCAAGCUGCUGGCCUUCUACUCCAGCCACAGCGCCGGCACUGUGCGCCCAGCAGACCUGCUCACCCUCAUCCUCCUGAUUCAGGACCUCUACCCCAGCGAGAGCACAGCGGAGGACGAGGCUCAGCCUUCCCCUCGCAGGCCCCAGGGCAGCCACAACAUCCCCAUGCAGCAACCCUGGAGCCCUCAGCCCUCAGGCUCGUCCCGGGGCAGUUCUGCGGAGAUGGAGACAGACAGCUUCUCCCUGCCUGAGGAGUACUUCACACCAGCUCCUUCGCCUGGCCAGCAGAGCUCAGGUAGCACCGUCUGGCUGGAAGGGGGUACUCCGCCCACUGACACAUCCCAGAUAGCUGAGGAGACCCUCCAAGCCCUGGUGCCACCCCCGGCACCUCCCAGCCCCAGACGGAUCUUCCUUGAUGCCAGCAUGAAAGACAGCUACUGCCCCCUGGUGCCGCACACCAUGUACUGCCUCCCCCUGUGGCCAGGCAUCAACAUGGUGCUCCUGACCCGGAGCCCCAGCAUGCCCCUGGCGCUGGCCCUGUACCAGCUGCUAGACGGCUUCUCCCUGCUGGAGAAGAAGCUGAAGGAGGGCCCAGAGGCUGGAGGCACCCUGCGGUCCCUGCCUGUCCUGGGAGACCUACGCCAGAAGAUGGACAAGUUUGUCAAGAAUCGCAAUGGACAGAAGAUUCAGGCCACUGCAGUGGCCGUUCUCCACACAGAGCAGCCCCUGUCCUGCGGGAGCACAGAGGACAAUGCACAGAGCAGACCUACCGUCUGUCAUCCUUACAGAGCACCUGGCUGGAGUUUAAGACCAAGGCUUUCUCUAAAAGUGAGCCAGGAUCCUCCUGGGAGUAAGUGGUGGGCCCUGAGGACAAAGGGGCUGCUCCAGGCAUGUGGGAAGGUGAAGCGGCAGCUGUGCGCCAUCUACCGUCUGAGCUUCCUGACCACGGCCCCAGGCCGGGGAGGCCCGCACCUGCCCCAGCACCUGCAGGAUCAAGCCCAGAAGCUCAUGCAGGAGAAGCUACUGGACUGGAAGGACUUCCUGUUGGUGAAGAGUAGGCGGAACGUCACCAUGGUGUCCUACCUGGAAGACUUCCCAGGCUUGGUGCACUUCAUCUACGUAGACCGCACAACCGGGCAGAUGGUGGCUCCAUCACUUAGCAGCAGUGAAAAGACUUCAUCAGAGUUGGGCAGGGGGCCCCUGGCUGCCUUCAUCAAAACCAAGGUGUGGUCCCUGAUCCGGCUGGCACGCAGGUACCUGCAGAAGGGCUACACCACGCUGUUGUUCCAGGAGGGUGACUUCUACUGCUCCUACUUCCUAUGGUUCGAGAAUGACAUGGGGUAUAAGCUCCAGAUAAUCGAGGUGCCUGUCCUCUCCGAUGACUCGGUGCCCAUCGGCAUGCUGGGAGGAGACUACUACAGAAAGCUCCUGCGCUACUACAGCAAGAGCCGCCCAGGCGAGGCUGUCAGGUGCUAUGAGCUGCUGGCCCUGCACCUGUCGGUCAUCCCCACGGACCUGCUGGUGCAGCAGGCAAGCCAACUGGCCCGGCGCCUCUGGGAAGCCUCCCGUAUCCCACUGCUCUAGGCCAGGUGUCUGCCAGGGCACCCCGUCCUCUACCCCCUUGCCAACAUUCCCCAUGGCAAGAGCCUCCUCCUGAGGAUGGGCAGAGCCCUCAGGCAGCCCAGGGCCUCCUAAACUCCACCAAAACCACCCAUCAUGUGGAAUUCUGAGCCCACCAGUCCUUCCCUCCAGAGGGAGAGGAAGGCCAAGGGUUCUCAGAACUGUGGUGGCUGUCAGCUUAGAGCUGGCAAGGGCUCCUCUGCCAGAGCUUCUCCCUGCCGCCCUGGUCCCCAAGGCCUAAGGCUGUCUGAAGUCACCCCUUUCUGCUGUCCUCUGAGUGGGGAAAGCUCACUGGGCAAGCCAUUUCCUACCCUAGGUCAAAGGUAUGCCUUUCGCUGCUGUGAAUUCCAGCUCUGCCACCUCUUUUCUGUGGCCCUGGGCAAGUUUCUCAGACUCUAACCCCCUUCCUCACAUGUAAAGUGGUUACACCUCCCUCUCAGGGUAGGUCUGAGGAUCGCUGAACACAUGGCAGGUGCUCAAUAAACGUUGGUUAUUGUUGUCAUUCAAACCCAGCGUGCUGUGCUUC